AUGUCAGCCCAAAAGGACAGAUGGGUUUCUUCCUUCUCUUUCCUGCUCUUCUGUGCUUCCUCCAUCCCAACGCGGGGAAGUGCGAGGCUGCUGCGGGAGCUGAGCCCCCAGGAGUAUUUCAGUAGCUUGCAAGCCGGCAGAGCAUUCCUGGCUUAUUUCAGCCAUAAUGUUUCUCCUGGUGUCCAGCCCUUCUUGGAGCAGAUCGAGAAUUCAGCCGAGGCCCUCCAGGACUAUGGCAUUUCGGUGGUGAAGGUUAAUUGUCCCAAAGAGGAUGUCUCAAGAUACUGUGGAAAAGAAAAUACAUUAAGGAAAGCCUACCUGUUCAGAGGUAACGUGCUGAUCAGAGAGUUCCCCACCGAUGCCUUGUUUGAUGUGAACUCCAUUGUUGCUAACGUUUUGUUUGCCCUGCUCUUUAAUGAAGUUAAAUACGUUGAAACACUGGCAGAUCUUCAGAACAUUGAAAACAUGUUGAAAGGGAGGUCGAACAUGGUCUUUGCCUAUGUACCAGCUACGGGGACAGCAGAGCACAGAGCUGUGAUGGAGGCGGCUUUUGUCUAUGGGACUGUCCACCAGUUUGUUCUGACAACCGAGGCAGCGCUGUUGAAAGACACUGGCAACGAUGAGCCUGAUGUGUCAUCUGCCCGGCUGUUGUUCUGCCACUGCCAACGGGUCACGGACCUGGCGCAGCCCUGCAGGAGGACGGCCAUGGGACAGGCUCUGACGAUGCUUAACAUCCACAGGCACCUCAAGCUCAUGGGGGCUCCUCUGGUGACGGAGGUUGCUGAGGACCCAGAGAAGGUUUCCACUGUUCACUUACAGCUUGGGCUACCACUUGUGUUCAUCCUCAGCCAGAAAGAGACCUAUGAAGCUGACAGGAGGACAGCAGAAUUUGUGGCCUGGCAGCUCUUGGGGAAAGCAGGAGUUGCCCUUUUGUCCAGGGACCUCGUAGAUUUGAACAUUCUGCUCCGGUCAAACGUCGCUCUCAAGACACCAGAUGAGGGAGUGCCAAUCAAAUACCUGGUCUUGGAAGACACUGAUGAAGUUGUAACCCUGGUGGAAGAUAGGAACAAGGUUGAACAAAUCCAGGAGGAUGAGGAGGAGGAUGAGGAAGAUGAGCAUGAAAAAGAAAAUAACAAUCAAGACAUUCAGGAUGAUCAGGUGGUGGAAGCGGUUUCCAGGGACAAGAAGCGAGAGCUGCCCCUGGAGCGGAUCCGUGUCCUGACAGAGGAGACCUUCCACUCUGCCCUCUUGGAGACUGCCCGGACAGUGGUGCUGUUUUAUGCCAGCUGGGAGGCAGUGUCCCUGGCAGUGCUGCGGUCUUACACUGAGGUGGCCGAUCACCUGGAAGGAACUCAGGGGGUUUUGCUCUCUCGGGUAAACUGCUGGGACUGGCCUGGCGUUUGCACAAAGGAGAAUGUCACUCAGUUUCCUACCAUCAAGAUUUACGAGAAGGGAGAGCGAUCCGUGAUGUACAAUGGCAUGUGGGGAACCGAAGAACUGACCAGCUUCAUCAUGCUGAGCCGAGUUUCCUGCCCUCUGAAGCUGGCCACGAUUGAGGAAGCAGAAGGAUAUUUAAGAGGAGAGUUUCCAUCUGAGCUGUCAUCCUAUCCCCACACUUCGAUUCUAGGAGUAUUUGGCACAGCCACAACUGAAGCCAGGGAAGCUUUCGAAGAGGCAGGAAACAUCUUAAGUGGCCAUGUAACGAUGGGGAUGUAUUUUGAAGAUGAUGCCUUGGCUUUGUGCCGUAAAUAUGCCGUGUCCCCCCCAGCCCUCCUCCUUGCCAGGACCGGUGGUCGGAGCGUGGAAGGCAUCGCUUUGUCCAAACAGAGCACGCAGGACAUGGUGCGGAUGAUCAGAUAUGAAUUGCUGGACAUUUUUCCAGAAAUCACCGUGCAAAAUCUGCCCUACUACUUGCAACUCAAAAAGCCCUUCCUCAUCUUGUUCAGCGAUGGUGACAUCGGCCAAAUGGCAAGCGAGGAAAUGCUGAAGCUGGCAAAAGGAAGACCCCAGCAAGCGUUUGUGGCUUGCUGGUUGAACUUGAAGAAGACUCCAGUGGGACGCGGGGUCCUGAAGGCGUACUUCACCACCACGCCUUCGCUGCCUCUUCUCGUCUGGGUGAACCUUCAUGCUGGGGGUCAGGUAUUCAAGUUCCCAUCAGAGCAGGCCAUCACUGAAACGAACAUCUUGUCUUGGCUGGAGAAGCUAAAAGCAGGACUGGAGAUUCCCAGCAGUACCUUGUCUGAGGAAGACUGGAAACCACCUCUCCCUGCUUACGACUUCCUCCAGAUGAUGGAGACGGCCGUGCCUGAGCUCCCACUCCACGCCUCCCAGUGCCGCAGGGACACGCCGGAGCGGCGCCUGCCCGAAAGCCCGGGAGGGGACACCGCCGUCCGGGAGGAGCCGUCCCAGGAGACCAAGGCAGAGAAAGUCGGGUCCCCUGGGAGGGACCUGCGGGGGACAGCCCCGAGGCUGGCGGCAAGGGAGAAGCAGGGCAAGAGGCACAGCGAGCUCUGA